GACUUGGCACAUGACCAAGACUCAGAGUCAGUCAAUCACUCUUGGCUGCUUCUCCCUUGUCCCGAAUAUGUACACAGUACAAUGCAGCGCGUAAAUAUUUGCAAUGACAACACAUUGCUAUGGAAGAAUUGCAUGAUCCUACCUACAAACCAAGAGAUCAAAUCCUACUCUUAUACAAGUUGUAAAGUCAGCAACUAUUCGCGAAUUUAUUUUAACAAGAGGGACCAAAUCCAAAUUACUCACUCCAUCCAGUGGUGCUGGUCCUCUAAAUUAUGACAAUGGUAGAUAUGGGACGUUUGGCGGUACAGAUUCCCAUCAUCCUCAUGGCCUUGGUCGCCAGUUUGAUAACUUGUGGAAAUGUCACGAGCUAGCAGAAGCACUGAAGCUCUCUCUCUAUCUCUCUCAUUUCUGCCCAUCUACAUCUAGGCUCAAGCCAAGUUAAGCGCCUUGCAUUGCGCAACCCGGCCAGAUCCUGGAAGCUCUGAUUUGCAUACAUUGCAGUUCCAGAGGACUGAAUUAAGGAGCAAAAUCAAAGGCAGCAGAUCUGAGCUCCAGGUAGGCAGGUACUAGGACAGGGAUACUCAUCAGUCCUCAGUUAUAAAUCAUAAUUAUGCUACAAGAUCUCUAUUGCUUUGCUUCUUCAGUACUAGAAGCAUGUGGAAAAGAAGGCCUAGAUAUAUUGCUCGAAAAAGUUAAGGAAACUCGAAGAACAAGAGGCUAGGGCUGUAUUUGAUCACCUGUUUACCCAGGAAAUUCUGAUACAAGAGGGAGCUCUGUAAGAAAACAUGACCGGUGUGGAAGCUGGGUCGUAUCAGCUAUAGUAUCUUGAAUAUUGAAGAAUGUGGGGAACAAGUUAGCUCCACAAUUAAUUAAAAAGUAUAGCUCUAUAGUGGGCUUCAAAAAAGAUCUCCAGGAGCUCCAGGUUAUAGUUGAGGAGAUAAAUUCUCGGCUGGAAAGGGCAGGAGAUCAUGCUAUGGGGGGUGAUGCAUCAUUUAAUUGGCUCAAACAGUUGGAAGAUGCUGCUUACGCUGUUGAUGAUGUUGUCGAUGAGUUCCAGCUGAAGGCCGAGAGACAUGAUGCUUUUGGUGAUGGUGGUAUCGUGUCCAAAUAUAGAUUUCAAUUCAAGAUGGCUAAUAAGAUCAAGGCAAUCAAGAAGAGAUUAGAUGCAAUUGUGAAGCAAAGAACUGACUUGAAUGCAAUAGCAAACAAUUUUCCGGUUUGUCAUUCUGCUCAGCAAAUAAGCAACACAAAUGAGCAUAGGACAACAUUGCCUAAUGUUGACGUGGCAUCAGUACUCGGAAGAGAGAAAGAAAAACACCAAAUUAUAUCUAAACUCAUAGAGAUUAAUGACCAAGAAAGAAUCAAGAUCGUUUCCAUCAUUGGACUUGGUGGCUCUGGUAAAACUACCUUGGCUAAACUAGUUUUGAAUGAUUGUGACAUUAUAGAGAAGCACUAUGAAGUCAGACUAUGGGUUCAUGUGUCACAAGAUUUUGAUGUUCAAAAGCUCGACAAGAAACUGUUUGAAGCUUUUGCUGAUAACAAUCCUGGACAGCAUGCACUGCCGUAUAUGAGCAAAACAAUCUCAGACAAAUUGACUAGAAAGAGGUUUCUGCUUGUAUUGGAUGAUGUUUGGACUGAGUCCCAAAUCCUAUGGGAACAAUUCUUGGAAUGUCUGAAGGUUGGCGCACAUGGAAGCAGGAUUUUACUCACUAUAUACCCGUAGUUGAAAAGUUGCAGAAGUGGAGGGAUCCGCAUACCAAUUUGACUUGCCAUUUUUAUCUCCAAAUGACAGCUGGAAACUAUUCCAACGAAGCUUAGUAACACCCCCCCCCCCCCCGAAAGUUUGGGGAUUGAAUUUGUUGAUGUUGGAAAAGAUAUUGUGAAAAAAUGUGGUGGGGUUCCACUAGCAAUUAAAGCUCUUGCAGGUGUCCUCCAUGGCAAGAAACUGAUAGGAGAAUGGCAGGCCAUGAGAGACAGCAACUUGCUGCAUUUUGUGGGUGAAGAAAGUGGUGUAUCAGUAUCUGCAUGCUUGAGGUUGAGCUAUUUCCAUUUGCCAUCUCAUCUGAAGCAGUGCUUCACAAUAUGUUCAUUAUUCCCCAAAGGUCACAAGAUUGAUAAAGAGCAAUUGAUUGAUCUAUGGAUUGCUCAUGACAUGAUCACUCUUGAGCCUGGUGUUGAUUACUUGGACUAUAUUGGCCACAAGUGCUUCAAUUCUCUUGUGCAAAUGUCCUUCCUACAAGUCGAGAAUGAAUUGUAUGGGAGAGCAACAUGCAGCAUGCAUAAUUUGGUUCAUGAUCUGGCCCAGUCCAUAUUGAAAAAUAGAAUCUCACUUGAUGCGCCGACAGAUGCAACAGAUUAUACUCUGAGCUGCAGAUACUUUUCUUUAACUGAACAGACACAAAAUCUACCACCCAAAAAUCUUUUUCAAAAAGCAUGUUCUGUAUAUGUUGAUAAUUGUGAUGAUGCAAUAUUUGGUGCAUUGAAGAAUGCAAGACACUUGCGCAGUAUGACCAUCGGAACUAUUGGUAUGAAAGCAAUACCCAUUGCCGUAUUGCAGGUAAAAUAUAUGAAAUAUCUUGCGAUUUCAAGAUUGCAAUGCGAAGCACUCACAGAAGCUAUUUCAGAUAUUUGGAGUUUACAAGCUCUUCAUGUUACAUUUAGUAAUCUUCUCGAAUUGCCUAACUCCAUCGGUAAGCUGCAGAAGCUAAGGAAGCUGAACCUAUUCGGCUGUGGGAACCUAAAGUGUUUACCAGAUUCUAUUGGUGAUUGUCAAAUGAUUUCAAGCAUUGAUCUUUGCAAUUGUAAGAAGCUCAGAGUGUUGCCGGAAUCUAUUGGCAGAAUUGAAAAUCUAAGAGUUUUGAGACUAGGUGACACAUACAUUGAGAGGCUGCCAUCAAAUAUCACAACACUGAGAAAUCUCGAGUGUCUGGACCUUGAUCACUGUUGGAUGCUGGUAGAGCUGCCUGAAGGCAUCAUCAACUCGGAGAAACUUCAUGGUUUGAAGCUUAAAGGUUGUGGAAUAUUACGAUGCAUUCCUGUUGGCAUAGGACAGCUUAGUCAACUACAGAAGUUGAAUUUGUUUGUUGUGGGUGAGGGCGAAAAGUAUGCAGCAAUUUUUGAGCUUGGAAAUGUAGGUAGGAAUAGUGAGGAUCUGACGGUAAAAGGUAUUGAGCAUGUGAUGGAGCCGGAUGAUGCACACAAGGCAUGCUUGAAACAUAAGGCAAACUUACAAAGGUUGGAUCUAAUGUGGAGGACGGGUGUCACGUGUGAAGAUAACACUAAACUGGAGCAGGCUGUACUUGAUGGUCUGGAACCGCCACCAGGGAUUAAAUUACUGAGAAUUAAUGGAUAUUCAAGUAGGGAGUGUGCCCGGUGGAUGCAGAAUCAAGUUGGUGGCGGAGUACUGGUGCCUACUUACUUCGCAGUUUUGAGGGUGAUGAAGCUAAAUAAUUUCCCAAACUGAAGCAUCUGGAUGGGCUUGCGGAGCUGCCUUGUUUGGAGAAGCUUGAGCUGUGGCGGAUGCCAUCUCUCGAGAGCAUAAGUGGAGGCCCAUUUCCUUCACUGGUGAAGUUUGCUAUGUGGGACCUGCCUAGGCUUGUGAUUCUACAUGAGACAGUACAUGAACUCCAUCGCAAGAACUUGAGUGGGGUCAUUUUCAAAAUAUAUUUUGAAAAGGCCUAUGACAAAGUUAAAUAGAACUUCCUACUACAGACGCUUCGGAUGAAAGGCUUUUCACAAAAGUGGAUUGAGUGGAUUAAGUCUUUCAUAUCAGGCGGAAGUGUAGCUAUUAAUGUCAAUGAUGAGGUGGGACCUUACUUUCAAACAAAGAAAGGACUUAGGCAGGGAGACCCACUCUCACCCAUCCUGUUCAAUCUAGUAGCCGAUAUGCUCACGUUAUUCAUUAAUAGGGCAAAAGCAGCGGGUCAAAUAAGUGGGGUGGUGCCGGACCUAGUAGACGACGGGCUAUCCAUUCUACAAUAUGCUGACGAUACGAUACUCUUUAUGGAACAUAUCCUGGAGCAGCCUCAUAACAUGAAGACGAUUCUUUGUGCAUUUGAGCAGCUAUCUAGUUUAAAAAUUAAUUUUCAUAAGAGCGAAAUCUUUUGCUUUGGGGAUGCAAAGAACUGCGAAAGCCAGUACAUGGAAUUGUUUGGAUGCAAUCCAGGAUCGUUCCCACUUCGCUAUUUAGGCAUCCCGAUUCACUAUAGGAAGUUGUCUAAUAGCGAUUGGUUGAAGAUCCAAGAACGGUUUGAAAAACGCCUUAGUAGCUGGAAGGAUAAAAAUCUUUCAACUGGAGGGCGUCUAACUCUUAUCAAUUCCGUUCUUAGCAGUCUACCCAUGUAUAUGAUGUCCUUCUUUGAAAUCCCCAAAGGGGUUCGCAAAAAGUUGGAUUACUUUCGAUCUAGAUUUUUUUGGCAAAGCGAUGAGCAUAAAAGAAAAUAUCGGCUAGCCAAAUGGGAUAUCCUGUGUCAACCAAAGGAUCAGGGAGGACUAGGGAUACAUAAUUUGGAACUUAAAAAUAUAGCUUUGCUCAGUAAGUGGCUGUAUCGUCUGCUAACGACAGAUGGUACAUGGCAGCAAAUCUUAUGCAACAAAUAUCUAGGGACUAAGCCGCUGGUGCAAGUCCUUUGGAAGAGCGGAGAUUCACAUUUCUGGGCAAGCCUGAUGAAGGUCAAAUGAGACUUUCUAAGAUUUGGAUCCUUUAUAAUAAAUGAUGGGUCACAAGUAAGAUUUUGGGAAGAUAUUUGGUUAGGAAAUAGAUCUCUACGGGACCAAUAUCCACAACUAUACAACAUAGUCAGGAAAAACAGGACACAGUGGCUGAUGUUUUAAUUACACAGAUUCCUAAUUUAUCUUGGCGUAGAGAUCUAUUCGGGGAACAAGCUAGUGAUGUGGAACAAUUUAGUUUCACGUCUGGCAGCCAUUAGUCUAAACCAGGAGAGGGAUGGCUUUAAAUGGAACUUAGACCCGACAGGUGUUUUUUCGGUAAAAUCACAUUAUAUGGGUCUAAUUAAUCAAGAUGUCCCCAACCUAAAUAAGAGAAUAUGGAAAUUGAAAGCCCCACUCAAGAUAAAAAAUUUUCUCUGGUAUCUCAGGCGAGGAGUCAUUCUCACAAAUGACAACCUAUCUAAAAGGAUCUGGCACGGAAACCAACAGUGUUGCUUCUGUCAUGAAAAUGAAACGAUUCAGCAUCUGUUUUUGGAUUGCCGGUUCACGCGUAUGGUAUGGGCCUCGGUCUAUGAGGCCUGGGGCAUCCCUAAACCACGCAAUAUGUCUAACAUGUUUGGAAGAUGGCUUAAUGGAAUACCUAAAGAGUUUAAACCACUAGUUCUGCUAGGCGCGGCAGCCCUAUGUUGGUCUGUCUGGCGAUGCAGAAAUGCUGUGGUGUUCGAUAACAAAAAAUCUUCCUUUUUGCAGGCUAUCUACUUCACUACGCACUGGCUCCGUACGUGGGCUAUCCUUCAGCGGCAUACAUUGCAGGACAAGCUUGUAGCAGCAUCUCGUUUCUUGGAGCAGGUGGCCAAGGAUUUUUUUGCCCGGGCACAUGGGUGGUAGUCUAGUAUUCGGAUUGAUAGUCAUUAGAGUGUACGACUUGACAAACUCUUUUAGGCUGUGUGCCGUUAUGGCAGAGGCCGGGAAAAUUUCAUGACAAUGUAUCACCUUGAUAUAUUGAUCUUGAAAUCAAUAAAGUUUCCCUUUUCCAAAAAAAAAGGCUGGGAGAGGUGUGGAUGGUAGCCGAGAAGAGCAUGCCUAAUGGAGAAGAGGGACGCGGCUGCAGCUAUUGCACACCUCAUAGUCAUAUGGGACGAGUCCUCAGAGUGGGUAGUUGCGUAUCGAAUCUAGAUAUAUCUUAUUGUCCUAAGUUUGAGGUCAAGCUGUACCUACCUUUGUCGCUGCAGCACUUGGAAUUGAACCAUAGCAAUGAACAGCUGCUGCAGUUGCCAUGCGAGUGCAACGGCUGGUCCUCUUCGUUCUCUGGUUUUAGCCAUCUGAAGGAGCUUGAGCUAAACGAGAUUACAGGGUGUGGACGUGGGUGGGGGCUGCUGUAACACAUGACGGCACUCAAGUCAUUGCGGAUUAUUUACUCUGAUGAGCUAACCGAGCUACCAGAGUGCUUCUGGAGUCUCAAAUCCCUUCAGUCUCUGCAAGUGAGUGAUUGCUCUGCUAUUCGCGUGCUGCCCGAAUCGCUAGGGGAACUCCAGUCCCUGCAAGAGUUGAUCAUCGAUGAGUGCAAUAGCCUGACCAGCCUCCCCCAAUCAGUGGGUCGUCUCACAUCCCUCCGGUCUCUGAAUGUGAACUCAUGCUCUUCUAUUUCAUCGCUGCCCGAUUCACUAGGGGAACUCCAGUCUCUGCAACAGUUGACCGUCGGGCGCUGCAAAACCCUGAGCAGCCUUCCACAAUCAAUGGUUUGUCUCACAUCCCUCUGGGCGCUCCGCAUAAGUUGCUGUGACGAUGCAUUUCAUGAAUUGCCCGAACGGCUGGGAGAGCUCCGCUCUCUACGCAUAUUCCACAUUGAAGGGUUGCGGGCACUGGCUUGCCUUCCCAAAUCCAUGUGCCGCCUCACCUCCCUUGAAGACCUCAGGAUCGAGGACUGCCCGGGCAUCGAAUCCUUGCCGGAGGGGAUAAAGGACCUCACGGCUCUGCAGGAAUUGCGGAUCUGGGACUACCCUGAUCUGGCGAGGCGGUGUGAGAGCAGAAAGGGGGAGGACUGGCACCUUGUCUCCCACAUCCCUAGUCUGUACAUUUUUUAAAGCGACUGCCCGCUUUUUGUGUAUUGCAUCAGGUGAGUUUGUCCUACUAUUUUAAGCUCUAGCGAUGAGACCCCUUUUUGUGUAUUAUAUUAACCGGAGAACCUAUUUCCUGAUUCCCUUUUUUAAUUAGUAGCGAAUUAUUCCAACUCGAGUUAGGAGCUAGUACUCCCUCUGUCCCAAAAUAAAUGCACAUAUAUGAAUAAGACAACCUAGUUCUAGUUGUAUUUUUCUACUUUCUCUCCUCCCAAGAUCAUCUUUAUAAAGGUAUAUAUGUAAUUUCUCACUGGCAUUGAUCUUCACAUUCAAACUCUAAAAUUACAUUUAUUUUGGAACGGAGGGAGUACGCUCAUACAAUCUGCUCUGUUUUGGGCAUCCAAAUUCCAUCUCGAGUUAUUCAUCCCGUGGGCGUGCUUAAUUUGAUGCUACUUUUCAUGUGAAACAGAAUUCUGAGCAGUUAUCAUGUUUAGUUGUCGCACUAUUGCUGAUAGACAUGUCAAACGGAAAAGAUAAAAACUUCAUUUUUCUUUGUUCACUGAACGAUUUAACUGGAUUUAACUGAUGGAAUACUCCUAGGGGCAAUGAGUACCAACUUCAACCAGAUCAUUUGGUCUGCAUGGGCACCCCCAAAAUGCAAAUUCUUUAGUUGGCUAGCGGUUCAAGAUAGAAUUUGGACAGCGGACAGAUUGCGUGCGAGGGGCUGGCCGCAUAACGCAACAUGUUCGCUUUGUCGUAGGUGUCUGGAGACUGGAAAUCACCUUUUUGUCGAAUGCAGGUUCACCAGGCGUAUUUGGGCUGUCUUACCCUUUUGGCUUUGGGAGCCGUCACUGCACCUGACGAACUGGAAAUGCACAAACUCGGUCUAUGAGUGGUGGUCGGAGAUAGCUGCGACAAGAGGAGUUUCGCGCAAGGGUUUGAAAUCUCUUGUCAUUCUCGUAUGCUGGGAGGUUUGGAACGAGCGCAAUGCACGUAUCUUCAAUGGUACAGAAGCACCUUCGUUUGUAUUGACAGAAAAGAUUAAGGCAGAGGCAUCGGCUUGGAUUUUGGCCGGGGUGAAGCACUUGGACUGCCUAAUUAAUAGAAUUUGAGUUUCUUCGGGAUAGUUCAUUUUCAAACUCUCUUUGUAAAGUUUUCUUUUUGGCCCCAGUUUUGUAGCCUAAAGGCUUUACUCUCUUCUUAUUAAUACAACAGGCAGCUCUCUUGCCGGUUCA